AUGGUAAACGCCGAAUCUUCUAGGGAAGAUAAUAACUCAAUUUUGGUGGUUUAUUCGCCGGAGACGGAGGAGGAGAACGGUAAUGUUGCGGAGAAACCUAGUCAUACGUCUCCCUCUACUAAGAGAAUCUCCGAAUCGCCGAUAAAGGAUAAUUUGGCUCCGGCGGCUACUCCAACGACGGGGGCAGAUAAAGGUGUAGCUCAAGUGAAAUCUCGUUGGUCGUUUUCCUCUUCCAAGAGAAGCUUCGGAAGUAGUAGAGAUGAAACCUUCUUUGAUUCACAUCAAUGGCUACAAUCAGAUUCAGAAGAUGAUUUCUAUAGUGUCAAUGGAGAGUUCACUCCAUCACGUGGAAAUACUCCAAAAUGUAGUUUCUCAGAUAAGCAUCCUCGUUUUCACAACCCUUUGUUUGAAGAAGAGAAGCCUCGCGUAUCAUUUUUGCUUCCUCCAGCACCGCGGAGGAAGAAACUAGCCGAGCUUUUUAGAGACAGUAUAAGAGAAGAACGAGUGGAUAUUUUGGAAGAGUUUUCAGAAAAUCAAAGUGAAGAGAGUAAAAAAUCAUCGGGUGAUAACUCUGGUGAGCUCAAGGUCAUUGAAGAUUCUGAAAUAGAGAAGAAGAAUCUUAAAUCUUUGAAUUACCAUCAUCGUUGUCUUCCUAGAUUAUCAUCUUUUAAAGGAAGUUUAAUGGAGAAGAGAAAGAAGAAGAAGAAGAAGAAAAGUCAUGUGAAAUGA